UCCAUCAUGGCAUCAUCUAGGCGCAGAAUAAACAGAGUGUAAGCUAGGUCCCUUCACCUUUAUCGGUGGAGCGCUAGCAGUCCACCACCACAACCCUACCUGCAGUUUGCUUCACAGACCGAGUCUCAAUGAAGUAACCAGCGCGAAACCUCACAAGCUAGCCAUGGAGGUUGCAACGGGAGCACUGGGCACCCUGAUCCCCAAGCUUGGCCAGCUACUCCAGGAUGAGUUCAAGCUGCAGAAGGGAGUCAAGAAGGACAUCGAGUUCCUCUCAAGGGAGCUCGAGAGCAUGCAUGCUGCCCUCCGCGGUGUUGGCGAGGUGCCACGAGAAGAACUCAAAGAACAGGUAAAGAUUUGGGCGCGCGAUGUCAGGGAGCUGUCCUACGACAUGGAAGACAUCGUCGACACCUUCCUAGUGCGCGUCCAGGGCCCUGAGCUCCCUAGCAAAAGGAGCGCAAAGAGGUUCAUGAAGAAGAUGAUGGAUAUUGUCACAAAGGCUACAACUCGCCAUGAGAUCGGGCAAGAGAUCAAGGACAUCAAGGAGCGUGUCAAGGAGGUGGCCGAGCGACGCGACAGGUACAAGGUUGAUGCUAUUAAACCUGCCAAAACAUUGGUUGACCCUCGCAUAACAGCGCUAUACACUAAGGCUACAGAUCUUGUCGGCAUUGAUGAUGCAAGAGAAGGGCUAAUCACGAGGUUGACAAAGGGAGAUGACAUGUCUACGCAGCAGCAAAGGGUAGUCUCUAUAGUUGGUUUUGGAGGAUUAGGCAAGACUACACUUGCCAAAGCAGUGUAUGACCAGCUAAGAGUUCAAUUUGAUUGCACGGCUUUCGUUUCAGUAUCUCAGAAUCCUGAUUUGAACAAACUUCUCAAGAAUAUGCUUUAUGAACUUGACAAGGAAAAGUAUUCCAAUAUUCAUAGCACAAUGUUGGAAGAAAAGCAUCUCAUCGACUUAGUCCGGGAAUUCCUCCAAAAUAAAAGGUACCUCAUUGUCAUUGAUGAUAUAUGGGAUAUAAAACCAUGGGGGAUAUUACAAUGUUCUCUACUUGAGAAUAGCCUGAAAAGCAUAUAAUCACAACUACUCGCAUACUUGAUGUUGCUGAGCAAAUUGGCGGUUGCUAUAAGCUCAAACCUCUAACUCAUGAGAGAUCUAAAAAGCUAUUCUAUGGAAGAAUAUUCGGCUCCGAAGGCAAAUGCCCUGGACAAUAUUUUGAGGUAUCUGAAAAGAUUUUGAAGAAAUGUGGAGGUGUGCCAUUGGCUAUCAUUACUACAUCUAGCUUGCUAGCUAACAAAUCAGGAGAUAUAAAAGAGUGGAAUGAUGUCUGUUGCUCUAUUGGGUUCGGACUUGCAAGCAAUCCUAGUAUGGAUAGUAUGAGGAAUAUAUUGUUGCUUAGUUAUUAUGAUCUACCUUCUCAUUUGAAGGCAUGCUUAUUAUAUCUUACUAUAUUUCCUGAAGAUUAUAGGAUUGAUAAAGAACGGUUGAUAUUGAGGUGGAUAGCUGAGGAUUUUGUCCAUUGUGAAGAUGAGAGUCAAAGUUUAUUUGAGCUUGGAGAGAGUUACUUCAAUGAGCUUCUAAAUAGAAGCCUGAUUCAGGUAGCAGAUAAGGAUUACAAUGAUAAUACCAUUUUAUCUUGCCGUGUGCAUGAUAUGGUACUUGAACUCAUUUGCUCCUUGUCAAGAGAAGAAAGUUUUGCUA